GAAAAUUGUGCUCUCAGAAAAAACUAUCAUGACAAGGUUUUGGAAAAAUAUCUUUUGUUAGCUAAGAUGGUUUCUGAAUAAGAUAGUCUGCAGUAUUAGCAAUAAAUUAAAUCGUUAAUAUAUCCAGUGGUGAAUAACAGUAAAUAGCAACGGCAGUAUAUGCGCGUCGUUUAGGAACCAUAAUCUGGUGUUCCGUGACAGAGAGAGGGCAAUACAUUGGUUGGGAUUAACCUAGCUGUCAAAAUAGAAUUGACAGGUUUUAGCAUAAUGCUAGUUUUCCAGUCGACUCUGGUUUGAAGGUUGACAGCAAAAGAGAAAAGAUGGUCGCUAUGUAAUGACAAUUUCCUUAACGUCAGUUCUUUAACGUUUUUUGCCGUCCAAACGUGGACAGCUAGGCUUGCUAACUGGCUAGCCGAUGUUUUGUUUACCAUCAUGGACAGAGAGGCGUACCGUAACUGCUGCAGCCUGGUCAAAAUACCACGACAGUCGUACGAACAAUUUUGGUCUUCACAUUUUGUAGAUUACAUCGACAAGGAGCUUAACUAUUCUAAGUUUUUCAAAAAAUACUUGCUUCCCAAUUAUCCAUGUAUGUUUUCAAGAAGGUUUACAGAGGAGUGGAAGUGUAGAAAACAGUGGGUGACUGAGGAGGGGAGGCCUAAUUUCCAGAAACUGCUGCAAGAGUUUGCUGAGACUCCUGUUCCUGUUGCAAACUGCAAUGCAAAGGAAUAUAAUGCAAACCCUAAACAAGUUAUGCCUUUCAAAGAAUUUAUACACUACUGGAAGGAAUACAUCCAGAAUGGCCACUCAUCACCUAAAGGAUGUCUCUAUCUUAAAGACUGGCACAUGUCAAGGGACUUUCCAGAACAUAAUGUUUACACUACACCAGUCUUCUUUUCUUCUGAUUGGCUUAAUGAAUACUGGGAUACACUUGAAGUGGAUGACUACCGGUUUGUCUACAUGGGACCUAAAGGCUCAUGGACCCCAUUCCACGCUGAUGUGUUCCGCUCCUACAGCUGGUCAGCAAACAUCUGUGGCAGGAAGAAAUGGCUCCUGUAUCCCCCAGGCCAGGAGGAGUUUUUACGAGACACUCACGGCAAUCUCCCUUAUGAUGUUACAUCAUCUGAACUUCGAGACAGAGGCCUUUUUCCAAACUAUGAAGAAGCCUGUCAACCUCUUGAGAUUAUUCAAGAGGCAGGUGAAAUCAUUUUUGUACCCAGUGGCUGGCACCAUCAAGUCUAUAAUCUGGAGGACACCAUCUCUAUUAAUCACAACUGGUUGAAUGGCUGCAACAUCGACAUCAUGUGGCAGUUCCUUCAGAAUGAGCUGUCAUCUGUUCAAAAAGAGAUAGAUGAGUGGAGGAACACAAUGGAUUCAUGGCAUCAACAUUGCCAGGUCAUCAUGAAAGCCUGCUCUGGAAUUGACUAUGGGGAAUUUGCCUCAUUCCUGAAAAUCAUUGCUGACAACCGAAUGGCUUUGUUGAAUGCUUGCUCCACUGGGGAUUCUUACGAUUACCCACAACAUCUCUCGGAGACACUCGCCACACUUGGACCUUACCAUGCUGCAUUUGACCUACAGAGAGUGGCUCACAUAAUUGAAUGUCUACUCUGCAAUGAAGACUAUAAGAGGCUCGAUCAUUCAGCAUUGACUUUGCAGCCAGAAGCUAUGUUACAGCAAAUUCGGGACACCAUACAAUCCACCAGAGGGCAGCAUCUCCUUUAUCAGGAAUAAGAUGGGCAGCAGAGUCUCAUCCACAUAAGCAUCAUCUGGAAGGAGCUUGAAUGGAAAAUUCUACUUUGUAUGGUGCAAAAAAAA